AUGCGAUUGCAUGUCAAUGUUGUUGAUGAGAUGCCUUGUUGCACAGUGGCUACGUAUAAUAGGCGUGUUCGUUAUGAAUUACGUGUGCGUAGACGUAUACUUAUGCUGCAUUUGAAAGAUUUCUGUUGGGUUGUGAUUUGCACGGCAAUGGUUUUGCUAACGCUAAUUGCACGUGUAACCGAUGGUCUCAUUCUUGCUACUUCAAUUGAGGGCGGGGAUGAGCCAGAUCAUAAUAUGGUGAAAUAUACUAAUCAGGCGAAGAUGCUUUUUCGGAAACUGAAUGACAACAGUCCCACUGUACACACUCUUCAGAGUGGACCUUAUUAUUUUCAUUACGUGAUCAAAAGACCAGUGUGUUCAUUAUGUCUUUGUGACAAAAAUUUUUCACGGAAAUCCGCCUUUGCAUAUUUGGAAGAUAUCACUGAUGAAUUUCUUGGUCAAAAUGGCACACGCAUAGCAUCUGUCACUAGACCGUAUCAUUUUAUUGAGUUUGAUCACUACAUACAGCAGGCAAAAAGAAAGUAUGCAGGCAGGAGUCGUCAUGCAAUAUCUGCAGUAAGUAGUGAACUUCAAGAUGUAACACGCAUAAUGGUUUCAAAUAUUGAAGAUGUAAUUCAUCGUGGUGAGGCAUUAAACAUUUUGGAAACGAGGGCAAAUGACUUGUCAGAUAUCAGUAAGAAGUAUCGUGAAGAUGCAAGAUUGCUUAAUCGCAAAAGCACACUGUUCAAAAUGACUGCACUUAUUUGCUUUCUAGAAGGCGGAGUUCCCGUGGAUGACAUUGUCACAUCUGUUUCUGCUCUACGUGUAAUUUGCACUUUACAUUGGUCGAUGAAUCGCACAAUUCUCAUUUGUCGUUAUCGACAUCGAUUUGCUCAUUGUAAUAACAGAUGUACAAUGAGCAGUGGUGAUUCGAUAAAAACAUAUGAUUAUUUGGUAAUCGGUGGUGGUUCUGGAGGUAUUGCAAGUGCUCGACGAGCUGCUGAAUUCAAUGCAUCUGUGGGAUUAAUUGAAGAAACGUAUCUUGGUGGUACAUGCUCACGAGUCGAAUUGAUUCGAGGAAAAGCAUCUUUUACGAUUGAUGGUGUUGUUGACGUUAAUGGCAAAAAGUAUUUAGGAAAGCACAUAUUGAUAGCCGUUGGAGGAUAUCCAAGGAGGCCUGACAUCCCAGGAGCAGAAUAUGGCAUCGAUAGUGAUGGCUUCUUUCAUCUUGACGUUUUACCCAAACGUACGGUAGUAGUGGGAGGUGGUUAUAUAGCGACCGAAUUAUCAUCUAUGUUAUCAGCAUUGGGAUCUGAUGUCCAUUUGCUGAUACGAAAACCAAGAGUGAAAUCAGUGGUGAGGAACCCUGAUGGACUACUCACCAUUAAUACAACAAAUGGUACUAUUGAUGAAGUAAACAGUUUAAUCUGGGCAGUUGGCCGCAUUCCUGCAACACGCGAUUUAAAUCUGAAUUAUAUAGGUGUGGAAACGGAAAGAAACGGCAAUGUGAUUGUGGAUGAAUAUCAGAAUACAUCAACCAAAAAUAUUUACGCAGUAGGAGACUGCUGUGGAAAAGCAUUGCUAACACCAGUCGCAAUUGCUGCUGGCCGAUGUCUUGCCCACAGAUUGUUUAACAAUGAAAACAUUCGUUUGGAUUAUGAAAAUAUUCCGAGCGUUGUAUUUAGUCAUCCACCACUGGGAACCGUUGGGCUUACGGAGGCACAAGCUAUCGAGCAGUAUGGAAAAAACAAUCUUACAAUUUAUAAAACGAAGUUCAAUUCCAUGUAUUAUGCUGUUACUCAGCACAAAGAACCAACAGUGAUGAAACUGAUUUGUGCUGGUAAAAAUGAACGGAUUGUGGGCUUACAUAUGCUUGGCGAGGGAUGUGACGAAAUGCUGCAAGGCUUUGCCGUUGCCAUCAAGAUGGGCGCAACGAAAAAGAAUUUUGAUGAAACCGUAGCUAUUCAUCCAACAAGUGCGGAGGAAUUGGUUACAAUGCGUAAUGGUACCAAACCUGAAAUAGUAUGA